CGAAAAAUAGCCGAUCUUGAACGAGAUCCUCGACCUGGAAUUAUUUGCCACCCAGUCGACGACGAUGACAUUACCCACCUCGAAGCUUUCAUUAAGGGUCCACCCGAUUCUCCAUACGAAAAAGGCAACUUCAAACUGGAUAUAAAAGUGCCUGACGAUUACCCGUUCAGCCCACCACAAAUGCGGUUCCUGACCAGAGUCUAUCACCCAAACAUUGAUGAUGGUGGACGUAUCUGUGCUGAUAUUUUGAAAAAGGGCGAACAUGGCAGUUGGCGCCCUUCUCUCAAUAUCUCAACCACGCUGAUCAGUUUGAGCGGACUGCUCGCCUCACCGAACCCGGACGAUCCUUUGGACGCUGAAAUUGCGAGAGAGUAUCAGCUGGAUCAUGCUUUGUUCCUAAGCAAAGCGAGAGAGUAUACGUUUAAAUAUGCCACAGGCAAGCAAGCCGAUGAAGAUUCGGUAAGAUUUUUCUAUCUCAUCUGUUCAGAUACAAGUUGUCAGUGA